AUGCCGCAACCAAGGACCGUGCUGGAUAAGGACAAGGUGGCACAGCACGAGUCGGUGGGGCUGGUCGGUGGCUCUCCUCCUUCUGGUGGACGGGGAAGGCGUAGGCAAAGGAAGAGCGAUGGGGAGGAGGAUGAUGACACCGCCGUGCCCGGGGACCUCACCACGCGGGCGAAGAGGCGCCAGACGACAGGUAGUGCUGACAACGCCGGAGGCGCGGAAGUUGACACACCGCAAGGCGCCAAGGAAGCUAGUGGCAAGGCGGGCGGUCAAGCAUUGCGCCAGAAGGGCCGCCCCGCAGCAAGAAAAGCAUCUGGCGGAAGGAGAGGCAAGAAAGCAGCGACAGGAACGAGGCCGAAACGGGGCGAUGAAGACCCCGGUGAUACGGAGGAGGAGGAGGAUGAGGAGGAGGAUGCGGAGGGAGAGGAGGAUGAAGAGGAAGCGGAGGAGCAAGACGCGGAUGUUGGGGAGGAUGCUAAAGAUGAGAAUGAUGGCGGGGAGGACGAAGAGGAGGAGGAGGAGGAGGAGGAGGAGGAGGAGGAGGAGGAGGAGGAGGAGGAGGGGGAUGAGGAGGAGGAGCAGGGUGACGAGGAGGAGGAGGAGGAGGAGGAGGAGGAGGAGGAGGAGGAGGAGGCAUCAGAGAAGGAGGAGGAGGAGGAGGAGGAGGAGGAGGAGGAGGAUGUGGCGCCAGGGAAGAGACGGGGCGGGCGUGGCGGUCGGGUGAGUGGGACAGGGAAGGAGGGGGGCCGGACUCGCCCUUCCCGAAAACGUGGGGCAGGUGACGCUGCGCGCGGCGAAGCAGCGGGCAAACGGAAGGCGCGUAAGGUGAAGGUCGAAAGUGAAGGGGUUGGUAAAAAGCAAGGGAGCCAGGGUGCAAAAGGGGAUGGAGGAGGAAAGGGUGGCCGCGCCAAAGGGGUUCGAGUGGGUACCGGCAAGAAGGAACCUGCCGGUGAAAGUGAGGAGCACGAGCAGUUUGUUACACGGGAGGAGUUCCAGGCGCUGCGGUCUGAGAUGUACGCCAUGUUUGCACAGCUCGGCCUGCGUCGUGGAGUACCUGCCAGCUAUGCCGGCGGGUCGGCAGCCCUGCCUAUGGCUGGUACCCCGCCGCCGAUGAGCGCCGUGGACAAGGCACGAGUGCUAGUGUUGCAGGAGACAAACCCAUUCCCGGUAUGUGGCGGGCCAAAUGGGGCGGGUUGGGGUUGA